AUGGCCGCAAGUGCCAUGUCCGCCUCCGGCGCCUUCACAGUGCACGUCCUCCUCUCCACCGCACGGGCAGCGCACAUCGCAUCGCUAUUCUCGAAAGCGAAGCUUUCCACGUCGCCUUGGGAGAGCGUGCGUGAUUCCCAAUUACGCGAACAGGGAUUGCUAGGUAGGGACGAGGAUGUGUUGUACAGGCUUAGGUGCGAGACAUAUCGGAGUGUGCAGGUUGAGGAUCAUCAGUUUUGGGUUGGAAGGGUUGUGGGGGUGGAUUUCCUUGUGGGGGAAGAGGAGACAGGGUUUGGGUUGAUGUAUGCUGAGGGGAUGUUUAGAAAUGUUGGGAGGGAGGUGGGGAGUGAUGAGGGGGGGGAUGUGGGUGAUGGGUCUGGGUGA